UCCGCCGGGCGGCUGAGCUCCCGGCCCGCGGCGGCAGCGGUGGUGGCGGCGGCGGAGGAAGUUCCCGCUUUGCCUCCACCCCGGUAGCCGCUUCGCGAUCGGGGACAGCUUCCUCCGGACGCUCCGCGAGCUUUGCUGCCGCCGCACGUCUGUCAAAGGACCAUGGGGUUGCCCAAGGGGCCGGAGGGCCAGGGUCUCCCGGAGGUAGAAACAAGAGAAGAUGAGGAACAAAAUGUCAAGCUCACUGAAAUUCUCGAACUUUUGGUUGCAGCUGGGUAUUUCAGGGCAAGAAUUAAAGGCUUAUCACCUUUUGACAAGGUAGUAGGAGGAAUGACUUGGUGCAUUACUACUUGCAGCUUUGACAUAGACGUCGAUUUGCUCUUUCAGGAAAACUCUACAAUAGGACAAAAAAUAGCCCUAUCAGAAAAAAUCGUCUCAGUCCUGCCAAGGAUGAAGUGUCCACACCAGCUGGAGCCCCACCAGAUCCAGGGCAUGGAUUUUAUUCACAUAUUUCCUGUUGUCCAGUGGCUGGUGAAGCGAGCUAUAGAAACAAAGGAAGAGAUGGGUGACUACAUCCGCUCCUACUCCAUAUCCCAGUUCCAGAAAACCUACAGUCUCCCUGAGGAUGAUGACUUCAUAAAGAGAAAAGAAAAGGCCAUCAAGACAGUUGUUGACCUUUCAGUAAUUGAACUCCCCUUUUUUGUGGCCUGCAGGAGAUACGGAUUUAGCCGCCAGAGCAAAACAGAGAAGGCCGAGGACAAGAAGACGGCACUUCCCGCAGGGCUCUCAGCUGCAGAAAAAGCUGAUGCCCGUGAGGAAGAUGAGCUUCAAGCUGCUGAAGAGCAGCGUAUUCAGUCAUUGAUGACCAAGAUGACCGCCAUGGCGAAUGAGGAGAGCCGCCUCACCGCCAGUUCCGUGGGCCAGAUCGUGGGACUCUGCUCCGCUGAGAUCAAGCAGAUCGUGUCCGAAUACGCAGAGAAGCAGUCUGAGCUGUCAGCCGAAGAAAGUCCAGAAAAAUUAGGAACCUCCCAACUUCAUCGUCGAAAAGUCAUCUCCUUAAACAAGCAGAUUUUGCAGAAGACUAAACAUCUGGAAGAGCUGCAGGCAAGUCAUACCAGCCUACAAGCCAGAUAUGAGAAGCAGCAAAGUCUGACAGAGCUGAAGCGUCACAGUGAGAAGCUAGACAAAGAGCAAGCAGCCCUGGAGAAGAUAGAAUCCAAAGCGGAUCCCAGUACCCUGCAGAACUUGAGAGCACUGGUAGCCAUGAACGAAAGUCUGAAAAGUCAGGAACAAGAAUUUAAAGCACAUUGUCGAGAGGAGAUGACACGGCUGCAGCAGGAAAUUGAAAACCUGAAAGCCGAGAGAGCGCCAGGCGGAGAAGAAAAGAGCCUGUCUGCUGGAGAGCCACAUGGUGCCCUAACCCCUGUGAUGACUCACAAUGAAGACCUAGACAGACGGUAUAACAUGGAGAAAGAGAAACUUUACAAGAUCCGUUUACUACAGGCUCGAAGAAAUCGAGAAAUAGCAAUUUUGCAUCGCAAGAUUGAUGAAGUACCCAGCCGAGCUGAGCUCAUACAGUAUCAGAAGAGAUUUAUUGAACUCUACCGCCAGAUUUCAGCAGUGCACAAAGAAACCAAGCAGUUCUUCACUUUAUAUAAUACCCUGGACGAUAAAAAGGUUUAUUUGGAAAAAGAGAUCAGCCUGCUGAACUCAAUUCAUGAGAACUUCUCACAAGCCAUGGCCUCCCCUACUGCCCGGGACCAGUUUUUACGUCAGAUGGAACAGAUCGUAGAAGGAAUCAAGCAGAGCAGAAUGAAGAUGGAGAAGAAGAAGCAAGAGAACAAGAUGCGAAGAGACCAGCUGAAUGACCAGUACCUGGGGCUGUUAGAAACGCAGAGGCUGUACUUUAAGACUGUGAAGGAGUUCAAGGAGGAGGGCCGCAAGAACGAGGUGCUGCUGUCCAAGGUGAAAGCCAAGGCCUCCUGAAAGUUCCCAGACAUCGUAUGUCAUUGAUUUUUUUUUUAACGCCAUGUAUCAACUGCAAGAUGGUGAAAUGGUUCUGAACACUACAGUAGAGAGGCACAGGGGUCAUAAUCUCAGCACCCGGAUAUUUUCUUUCUCCCAUUUGCUUCCAUUUCAUCUCUCUGUUGUUGAUGGAAUCAGACGGUGUAAACACGAUGGCUUGGAUAACACCCAUCAGCCUAUGAAGAAAUGCAGGCCGUGUUUGUUCUGUUUCGGGUCAACUUUAAUUUUUCCAGUAACAUUGCACAUAUGAAGGCACCUGUAUUUGUAUGGACUCUCUGAAUAAAAAGGAAUUCAUUUGUUCA